CGGCUCCUGCUGUUCCUGCUGCUGCUAAUGCUGGGAGCUGAGUGCUUCGCCCGGGAGGUGCUGGUCCCUCAGGGGCCCCUGUACCGCGUGGCUGGCACGGCCAUCUCCAUCCCCUGCAACGUCAGUGGCUACGAAGGCCCUGCCCAGCAGGACUUUGAGUGGUUCCUCUACAGGCCUGAGGCCCCGGAGGCCGCGUUGGGCAUUGUCAGCACCAAGGAUGCCCGGUUCUCCUAUGCUGUCUUUGGGCCCCGCGUGGCGGCCGGCGAGGUGCAGGUGCAGCGGCUCCAGGGGGACGCCGUGGUGCUCAGGAUCGCCCGCCUGCAGGCCCAGGACGCUGGCGUUUACGAGUGCUACACACCAUCCACGGACACCCGCUACCUGGGCAGCUACAGCGGCAAGGUGGAGCUGAGAGUUCUUCCAGAUGCGCUACAGGUGUCUGCCACCCCCCCGGGGCCUCGAGGCCGCCAGGCACCCACUUCACCGCCCCGCCUGACAGUGCACGAGGGGCAGGAGCUGGCGCUGGGCUGCCUGGCGCGGACGAGCACGCAGAAACACACCCACCUGGCUGUGUCCUUCGGGAGGGCGGUGCCCGAGGUGCCCGUAGGGCGAGCGACGCUGCAGGAAGUGGUGGGGCUCCGGCCCGACUUGGCCGUGGAGGCCGGCGCUCCCUAUGCCGAGCGGCUGGCUGCAGGCGAGGUGCGGCUGGGCAAGGAGGGGACCGAGCGCUACCGCAUGGUCGUGGGGGGCGCCCAGGCCGAGGACGCGGGCACCUACCACUGCACGGCUGCCGAGUGGAUUCAGGACCCCGAUGGCAGCUGGGCCCAGAUUGCUGAGAAGAGAGCCGUCCUGGCCCAUGUGGACGUGCAGACGCUGUCCAGCCAGCUGGCCGUGGCUGUGGGGCCUGGGGAACGUCGGAUCGGCCCCGGAGACCCCUUGGAACUGCUGUGCAACGUGUCUGGGGCUCUGCCCCCGUCAGGCCGCCACGCCGCAUACUCUGUGGGCUGGGAGAUGGCCCCCGCGGGGGCCCCUGGGCCCGGCCGUCUGGUCGCCCAGCUGGACACAGAGGGUGUGGGCAGCCUGGGCCCUGGCUAUGAAGGCCGGCACAUCGCCAUGGAGAAGGUGGCAUCCAGGACCUACCGGCUCCGGCUGGAGGCUGCCAGGCCAGGUGACGCAGGCACCUACCGCUGCCUGGCCAAGGCCUACGUCCGAGGAUCUGGAGCUCGGCUUCGAGAAGCAGCCAGUGCCCGCUCCCGGCCACUCCCGGUACACGUGCGGGAGGAAGGCGUGGUGCUGGAGGCCGCUGCGUGGCUGGCAGGAGGCACGGUGUACCGGGGGGAGACAGCGUCCCUGCUCUGCAACAUCUCCGUGCGGGGCGGCCCCCCGGGGCUGCGGCUGGCCGCCAGCUGGUGGGUGGAGCGGCCCGAGGAAGGGGAGCUGAGCGCCAGCCCGGCCCGGCUGGUGGGCGGCGUGGGUCAGGACGGGGUGGCAGAGCUGGGCACCCGGCCUGGAGGAGGCCCGGUCAGCGUGGAACUGGUGGGGCCCCGCAGCCACCGACUGAGGCUGCACAGCCUGGGGCCCGAGGACGAAGGCGUGUACCACUGCGCCCCCAGUGCCUGGGUGCAGCAUGCCGACCGCAGCUGGUACCAGGCGGGCAGCGCCCGCUCGGGGCCCGUCACGGUGUACCCCUACACGCACGCCCUGGACACUCUGUUUGUGCCCCUGCUGGUGGGCGCUGCGGUCGCCCUCAUCACCGGCGCCACCGUCCUUGGGACCAUCACCUGCUGCUUCAUGAAGAGGCUUCGAAAACGGUGACCCCUUGCUCCCCAGUUCUUGCAGGUGUGGACUGUCUUCCAGACCAGCUCCAAGACCACCUAUGGUUGCCUGGCGGCCCUCUCCCUCUGUCCCCCUUCCUUUAAUUUAUUUGGCCUCCCCGCCCCCACCCUCUGCCCCAGAGUGGGGGCCAUGGCCCCCAGCCCCCCCUUCCCAGCUUCUCCCUCUGGCCUUCUGUUGUUGAUCUCACGUCCAGCCCACAGGGAGGCCAUUCCCUGUCCUAGAGUUAGUUUUUCUAAAAUGUGAAUAAACUUGUUUUAUAAAAACCA